GCUCAAACAGAGUUGUUAACAUUACUCCUCCGACAUUCAUUUAAUCGGCGAAAUUUGGGAGUUAUUGUGACCAAACGUUAAAAUAUUUAAUUGUUCGAUUUGUUGUGGCCGGGGAUUUUCAGUCGUCGAAAGAGUUCGUUGAAUCGGUGUCAAAUCACCGACUAGUUAAUUGAAUUUUUCGUUUGCAGUUGAUUUCUAAUUCAUACUAAAGAUGUCUGAUCGCAAGGCAGUGAUUAAAAACGCUGACAUGUCUGAAGAGAUGCAGCAAGAUGCUGUUGAUUGUGCUACCCAAGCACUUGAAAAGUACAAUAUUGAAAAGGACAUUGCUGAAUAUAUAAAGAAAGAAUUUGACAAAAAAUAUAAUAUGACUUGGCAUUGUAUUGUUGGUCGAGAUUAUGGAAGUUAUGUUUCACCUGAAAUGAGGCACAGCAUAAUCUUCUAUCUCGACCAGGUGGCCAUAAUUCUAUUCAAGAGCGGUUAAACAUUAAAUUGACUA